AUGUCUGAGGAGGAGAACAGAGACGUCGAACUUGCUCAAUUUCUCCUCACUGCAGAGGAGAGAAAAAUUAUCUACUAUGUCUCUCGAGCACUGCGAGAGAGGAUUCACAAGGAAAAAGGAAUGAUAUCAACACUUGAUGGAUAUAAGAAAACCGAAAGGCAUGAGUUCCUUGGGAAGAUCGAUUCCAGUUUAUCUUUUGUAUCCACGUGCUUUCAAAAGACUCCAUUCAGACAAGUGAUGCAAAUAACCAGCAUACAAGCUAUCACGGAGCACCUUGCGUCAGGGACGAAAAUCCAUGUAAUUGAUCUUGAAAUCAGGUGUGGAGUGCAAUGGACAGCUCUGAUGCAAGCGUUGGUCGGACGUCGGGAAAGGCCCCUUCAGCUUCUCAAGAUUACUGCUAUUGGAUUCAGGGGCAGAAUCGAGCUAGGAGAGACAAGCGAGUGCUUAGCCAAUUUUGCAGAAUCCUUAAACCUGCCCUUCUCGUUUAAGGCUGUUUUUGUGACGGACAUGAUCGAAAUCAAAGAACAACACAUUGAGGUCGAUGACGAUGAAGCCGUAGCGGUGUAUGCUCCGUACGUUCUAUCGACCAUGAUACCGAUGCCAGAGUGCUUGGAAAACUUGAUGAGCAUGAGGAAAAAGAAACCGUGUAUAAUGGCAAUACUUGAAAGUUGA